AUGGACGGCAGGAACAGCGGCAAGAUCGAAGCCUCCGGGUACAGUCAGAGCAGACAAUCCCCAUCACCAGGUACAGUCGGAGCAGAGAACCCCCAUCACUGGGUACAGUCGGAGCAGACAUCCCCCAUCACCAGGUACAGUCAGAGCAGAGGACCCCCAUCACCGGGUACAGUCAGAGCAGACAACCCCCAUCACCAGGUACAGUCAGAGCAGAGGACCCCCAUCACCAGGUACAGUCGGAGCAGACAACCCCCAUCACCGGAUACGGUCGAAGCAGAGAACCACCAUCACUGGGUACAGUCGGAGCAGACAUCACCGGGUACAGUCGGAGCAGACAACCCCCAUCACCGGGUACGGUCGGAGCAGAGAACCCCCAUCACCGGGUACAGUCGGAGCAGACAACCCCCAUCACCGGGUACAGUCGGAGCAGACACCUCCAUCCCCAGAGGAACCCCAUUCCGACAGAUGCGUCAGUUCUCCACCAGUCCCCAAGCACACGGAGAGCAUCACCUCACUGAUGGUCGCAGGCCAAGCCGCAGACACCCAGAGCAUUCAGACAGUCAGGGCCCCGUCAACCUUACCCCAGGAACAAGGGCACAGGUGCAGUGUCACCAAAGAUGCUUUGGCCAGAGAGCUCAGAUUGUCAACAUUGAAUGGUUUUAA